UCUAAUUAUUAAAAUAAAUUGAGUCAAACUUUAUUGGUUAAGGAAUUUGAAUGACUCCUACGUUUCCUGUCGGCCAUGGACAGGGAUUCCGAUAGCACUGUCACUUCUUUGGAUGAGAAUACCGAGAACUUUUGCACGAAUCCCACUCGAGACGUUUUGGCUGAAGGCAUAACUAAUCUUUUCAAGCCAACGAUAGAAAAGUUAGAUGAGCGUGUGGCUUCCACCAUUCAAUUGCAAACCGAACUUCGAGGACAAUUGGAUGCUCUGUCUGCCCAGCUGAAAGAUAUAGAGAAGGCCCAAAAUCAGAUUCCCGAAUUCUCGGAGAAGGUAAAAGAGCUUCUCAACGUCAAACACAAGGUGACGAUCAUUAACAACGUCUUGAGCGCUAGCCAGGAACGGUUGAUAGGGUUGCAUAAGUUAAUCGAGAAGGAACAACAUCGUCGUCAGGCGCUUCUCGACUCGGCACUGACAACCAACAUAUCGUAG